GGUAUCAUAAACUCUUCUGCCUUCUCUUCCCCCUUUUUUCUUUCUUAGUGAUAAAGAUAAACCUUUUUUUUCUCCUCUCCACUUUAAGUCAUCAACCAAACAAGAACAAGAAAAUGGGUUUAUUAUGGUGGAAGAACAAGACGCCUGAGCCAAAACCGGAAGAAAAAUCCAAACCCGGAGAAUCACCGGAAGGUAUGAAUGGAGCUAUGGAGGUUAAACGUCCUCCUCCGACGGAUGUUACAGUUUUCGAGUUCGGGUCGGUGGGAGCUUCAGCAGAUAAGGUCACACUUGCUGGGUAUUGCCCCGUUUCCGAUGAACUGGAGCCUUGUCGUUGGGAAAUUAUCUCCACUAAUGAUUCUACUGCUCCUCAAUUCCGGGUUAUUUUCUAAUAAUUGGGCUCUACCCCUUAUUUUAAUUGAAAUGGAUAUUGUAGACUGUAGUUGAUCUUGUGUUGGAUAUUAUAAUUGUUUGAUGACGGAAAUAUGAGACAAAUUUGGAAUACAAGAUUUGGGAUUGUGAUGA